AUGAAGGCCUUUUCCUACGAAAAUUCCACCGACGGGCUUCAAUUGAAAGACCUGCCCGUUCCAGAGCCAAGUGAUGAGAGCGUUCUCAUCGAGGUCAUGGCCACAGGGAUCUGCCACUCAGAUUGUCACAUCGUCAGCGGCCACGGAGAUGACUAUAUCGCCAAAAGACCUAUUGUACUCGGCCACGAAGUCGCGGGAGUAAUUAGAAAGAUCGGAAAAAAUAUCUCUGGCUUUCAAGUUGGAGACGCUGUCACCCUCGCGCUUCUUAUGCACCCAGUCUCAGAGCGCGUCAACGGCGCAUACGUUGGGUUAAGCUUUGAUGGCGGCUAUGGCCAAUAUGUUGUCGCUCCACAGAAGGUUCUCGUCAAGAUCCCUGAUGGCAUCUCUUUCGCACAAGCUGCUGUUGCGACGGACGCGUUGGCAACUUCUUAUCACGCUGUCGUGGGCGAGGGCAGCGCUCGGCCAGGGUUGGUAAUGGGCAUUGUUGGACUCGGUGGAUUGGGCAUGCAUGGACUGCAAUUUGCCUGUCUCAAAGGAUCUAUCGUCUAUGGCUUCGAUAUCAAUGAGACCAAGUUUGCCCAAGCAAAAGGUCACGGGGCGAAGGAAUGCUUCACGUUACUUGAUGAUGCAACCGAUACCAGGAUUACAUUUGAUGUUAUCGUCGAUUUUGUCGGUCAUUCCACCACUACAUCCACUGCCAUCAAGGCCGUGAAGCCAGGUGGUAAAGUCGUGACAGUUGGUCUCGCGUCGUCGGAUGUCACGAUUCCAUCAAAUACAGGCUCGGGUUACAUCCUCAAGGGCAUAACCAUCGUUGGCUCCAUCGGCGCGUCAAUGCAGGACUUGAAGGAUGUUCUCACACUUCUGGCCGAGGGAGCUAUUAAACCCGAGCUUACAGAGGUUGCCUUUGAGGACAUUAGUCAUACUAUCAAGCAGCUGGCAGAAGGUACUGUGACAGGACGAGUUUGGACGGACCCGAACAAGGCAAUAAACUGA